GAGAUUGUGCAGACUAUGAACAGUGAUCCAGGACUUGCUGUUGGCUACACUGCAUUCAGCGGUGUGGACUUUGAGGGGACGUUCCACGUGAACACGGUGACGGAUGAUGACUACGCCGGCUUCAUCUUCGGCUACCAAGACUCGUCCUCUUUCUAUGUGGUCAUGUGGAAGCAGACGGAGCAGACCUACUGGCAGGCCACGCCCUUCAGGGCCGUGGCAGAGCCCGGGAUUCAGCUCAAGGCAGUGAAGUCUAAGUCAGGUCCAGGUGAGCACCUGAGGAACUCCCUGUGGCACACAGGUGACACCAACGACCAGGUGCGUCUGCUGUGGAAGGACCCCAGAAACGUGGGCUGGAAGGACAAAGUGUCCUACCGCUGGUACCUCCAGCAUCGCCCGCAGGUCGGAUACAUCCGGGCUCGGUUCUAUGAGGGCACAGAGCUGGUGGCCGACUCUGGGGUGACGAUUGACACCACCAUGAGAGGAGGACGUCUGGGAGUGUUCUGCUUCUCCCAGGAGAACAUCAUCUGGUCCAACCUCAAGUACCGCUGCAACGACACCAUUCCUGAGGACUUUCAGGAGUUCAGCACCCAGCACGGCGUUGACGGGCUCUAACCCGCUGGAAGAAGAGAGAGAGAGACCCGAGAGAGACUAGGACUGAGAGAGACAGUCUCUCCACGUCUGUACGUGGUGUAUAUGGCGUGUGGUUGCGUGUGGUCAUUUGUGCGAGUGUGCACAGCUUUUGUGCUUUGUUUGGUAUGUUUCACCGUCACCUGUACCCCCCCUCCCACCCCACUCUGAACCCCUUUUAUAAAAUGUCUCAAGCUGAUUUAGUGUAUCAUACAAUUACACAACAAAUGGUUGGAAGGUCAUUUUCACUCAUUCCCUUCCAUGUCUUUCAGCAUUUCAUACAUUUUCCAUUUCAUGUUACUAUAUUUCUGCAAUACCAUAGUCGCCAUCUACUACAUGCAGUGUCAACCAUUGUUUAAGCUUCCUUUCCCUUUCAAAAGCUUUUGUACUCAGAAAGUUAGCUCUCUAGGGACAGGUCACGGUCUCCAGCCUAACAGGGUGGGAGGUGUGGAGACAGAUGACUCUGGGCGUAGUUCUAUCCAUGACUAGUUUUGUUUCAACCUAAUCAGCCCCUCUCUACCACCAGCUACUGUACUAUAGUUGGCUACACUCUUCGAAACUACCCCCAUAUAGGGGUAUCUUGGAGGAAAGAAACAAUGGAGUGCGAAGAAAAAAUAGAUUCCAGAAGAACAUCCCAGUGCCUGUUGACAUGAGUAGACAUGAGUGUUCUCACACGUUAAGAGUUGCUGUCACGUCGAUUCUCUUUUUGUGCGUGUGAUGUCAUCAAUGAGAGAAAUUAAACGUUUUCAAAGAUU